UGCCAUUUGUCUCCGCUGCCAUCUCCCAUCAGCAUCCACAAUUGCAGUCUUUGUUGUCUGAAUGAGAGGACACAUUCUUCCAGAGGGAUGACCUCUCUUCUCCCUGCUGGCCCCGGCACUGCUGACACCAGCCCAGCAGCCUCUCUCUCCAUCUCUUAUUGUCUUUUCUCUCUCAAAGGCCACCAGCAGGAUAUCUGACAUAAACAGAGUGCGUAAAUGACUGUGUCAAGGCAAAGAGAGAACGAUGAAACAUGUGUGUUUGAUUGGGGUUGGAGCUGAAAUCUGCAGGACGAUACCUCUCCAGGGUUGGAAACCCCUGAUAAACUCUUAAAAAUAAAGAUCCUGAUAGAGUUACUCAGACACUGACCGCUGAGGGGUUAUGAUGAGAGAGGGAUAAACACAGAUAAGACAUGCCGAAAAGAAGGGACGUCCUGGCACUCUUUUUGAUUUUGUUACCGUGGACUUUAUUGAUCACAUUUUGGCACCAGCGCGCUGGCAACUCCCUGAUUCCAGUUCCUAAAGAUAACAGAACUAGGGCCAGUAAAGCUCACCAAAGAGGCUUUCGACUUCAUGAGUCCUGCGUCACGGAGAACAAGCGCAUCACUAAGGCCAACCAGAUGAGGUACAUCCACCAGCGACCUCCACCCUGGUCUGACACAUUGCCAACUCUUCACGUAAUAACGCCAACUUACAGUAGACCCGUCCAGAAGGCCGAGUUGACCCGCCUCACUAACACCUUCCUACACGUCCCCAACCUUCACUGGCUGGUGGUGGAGGACUCGGCGCAGAAGACGGCUCUGAUGUCCAGGCUGCUGGAGAACACGGGACUGAAUUACACUCACUUGAAUGUAGAGACACCUGAGAAUCUCAAGACACAAAAGAAGCCCAGAAAUAUACGUAUCCCACGAGGCACCAUGCAGAGGAACCUGGCUCUCCACUGGCUCAGGGAGAACAUCAACCCAAACUCCAUUCAUAAAGGAGUCGUGUAUUUUGCAGAUGAUGACAAUACUUACAGCUUGGAGCUGUUCGAGGAGAUGCGUUGGACUCGUAAAGCGUCAGUAUGGCCGGUCGCCUUCGUCGGAGGUCUCCGAUACGAAUCGCCCAAAAUCAACUCUCAAGGCAAAGUGUUCGGCUGGAGGACGGUGUUUGACCCUCGUCGACCUUUUGCCAUCGACAUGGCUGGGUUUGCCGUGAACCUUCAGCUCAUCCUUCGCAAACCUCAAGCCUACUUUAAGUUAAAAGGGGUAAAAGGUGGAUACCAGGAAAGUAGUCUGCUACAGGAUCUGGUCACCCUCAGUGACCUGGAACCCAAAGCCGCUAACUGCACAAAGAUACUGGUUUGGCACACCCGGACAGAAAGACCCUUGCUUGUGAAUGAAGGAAAAAAGGGAUUCACGAAUGGCAGCAUGGAAGUAUAAUGAACUGCUUUCAUACUGUUUUUGAAGUUGAACGAAGCCUAAGUAUCUGUAACAGAAGUAAUAAAACAUAUUGUUUACUGCAUUGAAUGUAAACAAUCAGAGACACAUUGAAGUAUUUGACUUAAGGCUGGAA